AUGGUCCAAACACGGCUCACCCAGGAUGAGAUGCGCAGUCUCUCAGAAGAGCAAGGGAACGGCCGGACUCGCUGUUGUUUACAGGCGACUGCCGCGACCGCAAUGGGGUCACAAGUCGCGUUUGACUAUCUCAAUAAAGGAGCUGCGAACGUCAUAUUCAAGAUUCGGCCAGAGCUCAGUCCUAGCGCCAAACGAUUUCAGUUCGUCGAUGUAUCCCCCAAGGACAAGCUGUCUGGAGUAACCACACCAGUAGCCCACCAAAGCCUGAUGGGUACAGUCCUCAGAGUACCGAGGGGCGGCCAAAAGCACCUUUCAUCCCUAGAAAUACUUGACGGGUUCGAGCAUGCAAUUCGCCCACUCUUCUUACCAGGUGCCCGUAACAAAAUUCAACUGGACCGGGACCUUACCAAACACCUAAUGGAUCAUGAGGGUGUGCUAUUGUUCCCGGACGUCAUGGAUCACCUUUACACUCGAGUUGAAAAGCUUACAUUUGCAAACACGCAGUCGCGACGAAAAUGCUGGGGGAUACUCCUACCCGACAUGUCGCCUAUACCAGGGAAAUCGAUAACGCUAGAAGUGAAGCCAAAGUGGCUUGCACAAUCUCCAAACGCACCGCCUAAGGCAGUUCGCUGUCGCACCUGCGCAAUGCAAGUAGCUGUGCCCAAGAAACGCGACAACUACAUCUGUCCACUCCAGCUGCUCCAUGGCAAUUCCUCAUCGCUCCAACCAUGGUCACAGACAACAGUCAUGCGACAAUUCGAAGGAGGAAAACCACCAGCCCCAGUAGUCACAUCAGCCAUUGCAAAAGCUCUCCUAGACUACGUUACAGUAGGCGACGGUAUUACUUUACUACAACAUCUCCUCAAUCUGCAAAGUUCCCUUGAUCCUCGCGGCGUCCUUUGCCGACCCCAGGCGGACACUGGAACAUUUGAUGAUAACCUCCGCCUUGCAAUGACAUUGAGAGACUGUUCAAUGUUCAUCAAGAUCUCAUACAACACAGCGGGCGUUACUGCGAUUGAGUCGAAACUAGGCGAUCUCGACUUCAAGUCCGCUGAAAAGAUUGUCGAUUGGAUGGACAAGGAGAAACAACUCUUACAAGACAGCUCUUACACUAAGAGUGUAAAAGAAGGUCCAAUAUGUUGGCUCCAGCGCGUACAAGGGGUGAGUGAUAUUGUCCAGGUAUGGAAGUAA